UAAUAAAAACUUUGUUGUAACAGUGUUAUUCGAUUUUAAAAAGGCGUUUGACACUUUAGAAACUAACACCCUUUUAAACGCAAUGGAGGAGUGCGGGGUCGUAGAACCCCUUAACAAUUGGUCCCAUGACUACCUUACAUCACGCUCUUUUAAAGUCCGAAUAGAAGACACUUUCAGUGAUGGGAAAGCGGUUCUGUGCGGAGUCCCUCAAGGUUCUGGCUGCGGGCCUGUGUGCUAUCUUAUGCACGUAAACAGUCUAUGUGGUGUACUGAAACAUUGCUCAGCACACAUGUUCGCAGACGACCUGUGUGCCAUGCGCGCGGGUACGGACCUCGCGGAGACCUGCCGGCUCGUACAGACUGAUAUAGAUGCAGUAGUCAAAUGGUCACAUGACAAUGGAAUAGUCUUAAAUACUGAUAAAACUAAGCUUUUAAUCGUACACUCACCAUACCUACCUCUCAGUCAAACAUAUUCCAUGUUCACCCACACUUUUGAAUGCAUCCAUAAUCAAUUUAAAACUUGUAUUUGUAAACCGAUUGAACGCGUGAAAACUGUUACAUAUCUGGGCAUGAGGGUGGAUGAACAUUUUUCUUGGACUACACAUAUAGACUAUAUAUAUGAUAAAUUAAAAGUAUUGUUAGGUAAAUUCUAUCACCUAAGUUACAAAGUUCCUAUAAAGACUUUAAAAUGUCUGUACAUGGCCCUUGUUGAUUCUAUUCUUAGUUAUUCUCUGGAUUGUUAUGGACUUACUACUAAAACUAACUUAAACAAAUUAGAAAAUAUUCAGCCUUAA